AUGGACUUCACACUACCACCAGCUCCCAGGGGCUUGUGUUUUGAUCGUAAUGAUUUCGUCAAGACUAACUUUUCGGUGGAUAAUUUUCUCGCAGACCAUCAAAAUGUUGCCUCUUUAGAAACAAUGCGAGAUGACCUAGGUAUCUAUUUAAAAGUCCUUAGAUUAGCAAUGAUAGAAUUAAUCAAUAAGGACUAUGCAAAUUUUGUUAACCUAUGUGCUACAUUAAUUGGAUUUGAUAAAGCCAUUGUAAAAAUUCAACUGCCAUUAGGCCAAUUAAAUGAUGAAGUUUUAAGCGUAAAACAGUGCUUAGAGGAUGCUAUGAAAGAAUUGUCAUUGUGGCUAAGCCAGCGUCAUGCCUUGACAAAAAAGAAAAAAAUAUUAAAAUAUUACAGCCAAACCGUGAACUGCCUAACAACUUUAGAAAACAUUUUGAGUGAUAUUUCGGACAAGAAGAAACAAGAGCAAAUUAUUAUUGCAGACAGAGCUGCAAUGCAAUACAACCAAUUGAAAUUUUCUAUAUCUAUGUGUGACAGUCUCAUUAAACAAGAACAAAAGAAAAAAUACAAUGAUAUAGGAGGAAAACUAGUUCAAACUCUUAAUGAACUGCUGUUUCAAUUUUGGAAUGAUAAGAAUGCAGAACACUUAAUAAAGACCUUAUUAGCUUUAACUACUUUAGAUAGGGUAGCUGAAACUGAAAUGCUUAUAAGAAAACAAGCAGUGGCACCUUUGCUUCAGGAUAUUAUAAAUGAACCUGUCUUACAAAGAAGUAAAGAUGGCCUCAAAGGUGUAUAUAACAAUAUUUUGUCAUUAUUAAAUAAUAAACUGAAAUUGCUCCUUGAAGCUACUCAACAUUCCAAAUUGACAUUUCUUUCAAAAAGAUAUAGAUUUUUAGUGAACUGUUUUUGGUGCGAGGUAGAAAACCGUUUAGAGGUUAAUUUAGCUUCCAUUUUUGCACCUGGUAACCCACAACUGUUUUAUACAAGAUACAGUGAAAGUAUAAAUUUCAUUAAAAAGUUAGAACAGUUUUGUUCUGGUGAGGAGACAAUAAAAAUGCUUCAUGAAACAUCUGAGUAUAAAAGUUUCUUAAGAAGGUGGAAUUUGCCUGUUUAUUUCCAGAUAAGAUUUCAAGAAAUUGCAGGUGGAUUUGAAGCAUCUCUCAAGAAAAGUCCUACAUUGCAAAACAAUGAUGGUUUUAUUUUGCUUGAAACAUUUAAAUGUUGGAAUGCUCUUCACGACUGCUGGUCAGAUGGUAUUUAUAUUGAAGCUUUGGCUCACAAGUUCUGGAAGUUGUCACUUCAAUUACUAUCAAGAUAUGCUACGUGGAUCACAAAUAUUUGUUCACAAGCUUGCAUUACAAAAGCAGAAUUACAUGGUGUUGACAGAAACCUGAUUGAAAAUAGUAUAAGUCUAUAUGUGGAUAGUUCAACUCUAAUUGAACGAUUGCCAAAAUUAUUAGAAAAUAUUGAAAGCAAGUUACAUGAUAGCAAAAGCAAAGAGAUUCUAAGGGAAAGUUUGAAACCCACAGAGGAAUUGCUAAAAGGCACAAAAAACAAAAUAUGUGAAAGUAUUGUCAAUGAAUUAUUUGAAUAUUUCAAUGUGCAGCUGAAGCAAGUCAGUGAUAUACCAAGGUUAUAUAGAAAGACAAACCGCAGUAUACCCACCAAACCUUGUACUUACAUAGAUGUUAUCACUAGAACUAUAAUGGAAUUCAAUGAAAAUGCUAUAAAAAAAUUAGACAGCUUGUUUUUGGUUGAUAUUUAUAAUUCAUUAUUCAAUGUUAUGACUGUUUCAUAUUAUAAGUAUGUUGAAGAUGUAUUGGUAUCAGUACAGAAAACUGAAGAGUCCCUAAGGAGGCUAAAGCAAAUUCGUGACUCGUCUUCCCAGCAGAGCAGUGAGAGCACUGGCAUCACAGACGGAGACAAGAUUAGAUUACAACUGAAUGUGGAUGUUGUUGCGUAUGCUAAAGUAGCACAGAGUCUAUUGGUCAAUCUGAACAGUGUGCACAAGUUAACAGAGUUAUCCUCUAUGGUUACAGAAGCUGUAAAGAAUAUAGAUAUUAAA